GCAGCGGCGGCCAUGGGGGCGCGGGGCGCGAGUCGCCUCUGGUGGGGCACAGUGAGCUGCACAUUGUUCCUGGCUGUUAAUGGCCUCUAUUCGGCCAGCGAUGAUGUGAUAGAGCUGACGCCAACCAACUUCAACCGGGAGGUCAUUCAGAGUGAGAGCUUGUGGCUCGUGGAGUUCUAUGCCCCGUGGUGUGGUCAUUGUCAAAGACUUACCCCUGAAUGGAAGAAAGCAGCAACAGCAUUAAAAGGUGUAGUGAAAGUAGGUGCUGUAGAUGCUGAUAAGCACCAGUCCUUGGGCGGGCAAUACGGCGUCAGAGGGUUUCCAACUAUCAAGAUUUUUGGAGCCAACAAAAACAAAGCGGAAGAUUAUCAGGGUGGCAGGACAAGUGAAGCUAUUGUCGAUGCUGCUCUAAGUGCUCUUCGGUCCCUGGUGAAAGAACGUCUGAGUGGCAGAAGUGGAGGAUAUAGUUCUGGGAAACAGAGCCGAGAGAGCGGAGGUGGAGAUAAGAAGGAUGUGAUCGAGCUGACUGAUGACAGCUUUGAUAAGAACGUCCUAAACAGUGAUGAUGUGUGGAUGGUGGAGUUCUAUGCCCCUUGGUGUGGGCACUGCAAAAAUCUGGAGCCGGAAUGGGCAGCAGCUGCCACUGAAGUGAAGGAGCAAACGAAGGGCAAAGUCAAGCUGGCCGCAGUGGAUGCGACCGUCAAUCAGAUGCUGGCCACUCGAUAUGGGAUUCGUGGAUUUCCCACAAUCAAAAUCUUUCAAAAAGGAGAAGAUCCUGCAGAUUAUGAAGGUGGAAGAACUAGGUCUGAUAUCAUUGCUCGUGCCCUGGAUCUGUUUUCAGAUAAUGCCCCACCACCCGAGCUCCUGGAGAUUGUUAGUGAAGAUGUCCUGAAGACCACCUGUGAUGCUCAUCAGCUCUGYGUCAUUUCUGUCCUGCCUCAUAUUCUUGACACAGGAGCCUCAGGGAGGAAUUCUUACUUGGAUGUCAUGUUGAAAAUGGCUGAAAAAUACAAAAAGAAAAUGUGGGGAUGGUUGUGGACAGAAGCGGGUGCUCAGGCAGAUCUUGAGAGCUCUUUGGGCAUUGGAGGCUUCGGGUAUCCAGCAAUGGCAGCUGUUAACGCACGGAAGAUGAAAUUUGCCCUUCUGAAAGGAUCCUUCAGUGAGCAGGGGAUUAAUGAAUUUCUCAGGGAGCUCUCUGUUGGCCGUGGCUCUACAGCACCAGUGGGUGGUGGAGCCUUCCCCAAAAUUAACGUAGUUGAACCUUGGGAUGGCAAAGAUGGUGAGCUUCCAGUAGAAGAUGACAUUGAUCUCAGUGAUGUCGACCUCGAUGACUGGGAUAAAGAUGAGCUGUGAGACCUUCAGGAAACCUCUUUUCUUGGGAGAGUUUGUGCAGCGGUUGGCAGCCUGGUUCCCAAUCAGCUGGAGGUUCCAGUGGCCUUUCUGCGGUGCAGUAGCAGGGGACACACCGUGCUCCUCGACCCGCUGCAGCGGGGAGCCGCGCGCAUCUCGAGAAAACAUUGCAAAAAUUCUAUGAAUUGUUGUAACCAGUAAACUUGAUUGUAUUCUGUGUAACAAAUAUUUUGAGGACACAACAUGGAGCUUUCUCUGAAACACCUUGGGGUUUAYUUUCUUGAGACAGUGUGUGCAUUUGAAUGUUACGGAAGGUUGUCAGUGUAACCUAUUUUAAAUGUGAUUUUUUUUUUUCAUUUUCAUGGAGGUGGAACCUGGUCAGCUUCUGUUUCAAUUAAAGAAUAAAACAAACUAUUUUCAACACACGCUGUUAGUUUUGUACGAAGCAACAAGGAUGCACAUAAAAACUAUCCAGGUUUUAAUGACUCUCAAAAAAUGAAGUGUAGGAUAGAGAGGCUGGUGGAGAGGGGAGUCAUAAUCCCACUUCCCUGCUGCAAAAGAUCUUCGAUGAUAUGGUCUAAGCCUGACCAGUCAGUCUUAGUUUCAAUGCUCUUUAGUCUUCCUUUUCCUUCUCAGGAGCUUUCUCUUUCUUUGUGCUGGAAUGGGUGUGAUCAUUAACACAAUUAAAGGAGGGUUGUUGCUGAAUGGGAGAUGCAUCUAGCGGGAAACUGGGGCUCUGCUCCGAGCYGUUCGUCCUUCCCAGGGUUAGCAGUGAAGCUAAUGCCGUGUUAUGGAUCAAAGGUACUAAGAGAAAGGAGCUGAACUGCUGUCUCCAGUAAGCUGGCUCUGAUAUUUCACCUCCCAUUCAGCCAUUGUUUUAAUUUGCAAAUGCAGCUUUCUUGGAAGGAG